GCUGGCGGCGAAGCUGGCCUACCACUUCAGCUUCCUCAACCCGUCGCCUGCGCAGCUGAAGGAGCUCACCGACCUGAUGGACCACUUUGCUGCGCGCUCCAUGCACGCUGAGGACGCCAGCCUGGUGUCGCACGGGAACCCGCUCCUGCUGCCAAAGCGGGAAACGGCCUGUCUGCCGUACAAGGACGGGGGUGUCAACCACGUCGACCUGCCUGCGUUCCUGUCUGCCCUGCAAGCUAAGACCUUCGCCCUCCUUGCCCAGCCAGGCCGGCAACCCUGAAAGAUGCUCACCCGGGCGCUGCUUACCCAUGUGCGCCCGGACUCCGCCACCACGUGGGCGUGGGUGUACAGCGACGCGCCGGCGCCAGCGGGGCUGCCUGCCCGGCUGGCGGCCGCGGUCGGCCACGUGCGGAGCGCGGGUGUGGAACAGCAUCCGCCGCAGCCAGCCACUCAGCCGCCAGCGGCGCCGCCACAGUGGCGGGUUAGCCUGGACCAGCUGUGGGUGGCUAACGCUGCGGGGGCUGUGUCCUACGUCCACUACACGGGGCGGCUCUUGGAGCCUGGGCCUGGCGUGCUGCCCCCGGCGGUGGAUGGGGCGUGGCAGCCUGCCUGUGUGCUGCAGCAUCGCAAGCCGCGGCACCUGUGGACCUUUGAAGAGCGGGCGGCGUACGAUGCAGCAUCACCAGGGGAACGGGCGGGGGCGUGGCCUCGGGCGCCGUACUUCCUGGCGCCGGAGGCUGGGGUGGUGGUGCACCCGGAGCACUGCCGGAUUGCGGGUGUCAGCUUGGCGGACUACACGGUGCGGGACGUGCGGCGGGCCAUCACCGCGGCUAACCCGGCCGCACCUCCGGCUCCGGCACGCCCUGCAGCCAUGCCGUGCCCAGCGCCAGCACAGCAGGCGGGGGGUUCGGGGACCCAGCCGGCGGCACAGUCGCGGCUGGUGGAGCGGGAGGCGGAGUGGCAGCGUGCAGCGGCGCAGCUGACCACCACGGCGGCGCAGCAUUUCCACGAUAACCCGGUGGCUCUGGACCCCUGGCUUUUUUUUUUUUGAGGAAUCAUCCUAACAAGGUUGAACA